UUAUUAGCGGGUUCGGUUUCCAGCUGAUUCCGACAUCCGUUGCACCUGAGUUUGAUAUGUCUCUUCGCUGUUCAAAAAACUCAAGUUUUGUGUUCGAUGACUCAUCAUGCAAUGAUCUGGAACUAAUUCACUUUCGUCUUACUGAUUCUGCUUUGAAAGAUAUUGAACAACUAGCUAGCAGCCCCGGCAACCAUUCUUUCAAAAUAACCUUCAAUGGGUCCGAAGGAUCGUUUGUGGUACCUGUUGGAAAACAAAGCAGCAGGUUUACAUUUGGUACCUCAAGUGUAACAAGUACUCAUGAUGAGUCCGUUAACUGCCUGCGUAUCAGAGGGAACUCGACCCAAUGUUUGGGGAAAAUGUCAUCCAGAAUUACUGUCAACGCCAAAGAAGAUAGCUUCUCUGCGGCUAAAGAAAGGAUGACUCAACUGGAAGAUGAAAAUAAAAAGUCACAGACGAAAGAACUUGGAUCGUCGAAAACUUUAGCUCAGCGAACUUCGGUAUCUCAGUCCUCUAAUAAAAGAAGCAGUCCAUGUGUGAAUUCGAAGGGGAAAGGAAAUGAAUUUCCAUCUCAAAAUGCGGAUGUUCCUAACCUCAAUCGGGUGCAGUCACAGAAUCCUGCUGGCUGUGGUCCCAGCCCACCGUUAGCGAACCCGGAGGUUUCCGCACGUUCAUUAAGAGAACGUAUUAUUCACAUACUGGCAUUACGACCGUAUCAGCGUCCCGAAUUAUUAUUACGCCUGUCACGCGAUGGUUUAUCGCGUACUCAAAAAGAUCAAAUUUCUGACAUACUGUCUGCAGUUGGUCGUGUUGGACGACAGUCGGCGUAUUAUCUUUUACCAUCUGUGAUAUCAGAAUUAGAUUGUAAUUGGCCAGGAUAUACGGGUGCUGAAAGAAAACGGAUCAUGUCUUUAAAGACUAAUCAACUGUCCCAAACCUCCCCCAAGUCUCCUGCUGAUCGAUCUCGAACUGCUUCUCCUGAUAAUUCAUCUACUCCUUCUUCCCUCCGAGUAUCUGAUGAUCAGUUUACUCGGCGUCCAACAAGAGCGAAUGCUCCAUCAGCUCCUCAUGCACUGAGUAAAAAGAUUGCUGCACUGGAUAUGCUCUGCGCAGGCGUUAGCGAUGUAGAGGUGGCAGCUCGUCUCGGUGUAUUCCGUGGAUUGUUAGAUCAGUGGCGGGCCAAUGAGUCAGAACUCCGAGAGAGAUAUCGUCGACUCAAUGCCAACUCAGACUCGGCACCUUCAACACAGAUCUCUAAUUCCACUCAAAAUUCUCAGGCAAAUGAUAAAUCUCUUGGUGCACGUCUGUCGAAUCCUCCUACCUCCACAUCAAAUGAUGUAGUUAACAAUCAGCGCUCAAAUUCAAGUAAUGCUGGAGAUACUAUUUCUCCACACAAACGUGCUAGAUUAGAUGUCCCUAAUACAUCCUCCGGUUCAACAGAUCUCCAACAAAUGGAAUUGUCCUAUCCUACCUCUGAUAAAUCUAUGUCAAGGUGUGUUAUGCAUUCAUUUUCAAAUCGAAGCCAUGAUGAAAAUAGUCAAAGUGGGACAAUUUCACCUCCUCUUCAUGAUAAUCUUCAUACACUUGACACGUAUAAUCGGUCAAGUCAACCUUGUACAUAUAAUACAGCUGGUGGAAGUGAAGGUGAAAGUGCUGAGCAUACACCAUUCUCUAAUUCCAGUACUGGCAGCAGUGGUUACGGUGGUUCAAAUAAUGGUUUAACUGCUUCAAGUGGAAUUGUACAUAACAGCAUUAAUAAUAAUAGUAGUGAUAUUCGUCGUGGAGGGUUAAUUGAACCGAUGAGUCAUGACCGUUCCGCAUCUCGUGGGCAUUUAACCGCAUCAUCUGCACAUCACUCAGAGUUUCUAUCCAGUCGAUUACGUGUUGAAGACCAGUUAACUAAUGGUAAUAUGCCUACAGUGAAUACAGCAGCUUGUGGCAAAACUCAGCAAAUUUUAUCACAGAAUGUUGUUGAAACUGAUUACCAAACGGAUGAUUUAAGCAAUAAACUAGCAGAGAUUGAUCGACUAUAUCCCCAAAUUUCUACACCGGAACAAGCAUCAAUGUAUUUAGCGGAAUUCGAGUGUACUUAUCCAACCUAUCUACGCAUGUAUCAUUCCUUCUCAGAUAUCUGGAAAACUGUAAGCAAUCUGAGAACACAGCUAUUAGAAGCUACAAAAACUGAAGGAUUAGAUAGUGCAAAUACAACACAUCUAGCAAAUCAAUUAGAUAAAUUUAUGCGUCGUUCACGUACACCAAAAUAUCGUGAGGAUGAAAUCCAGUUGACGCUGAUGGUGCAUAAAUUACGCUUACUAAAGCAAAGACUUGCUGACUCACGACAUUCUACUGCUGCUGCUGCUGCCGGUGGCGGUGCUGUGGAUAAUAAAGUUAAAUAUCAUCAUCACCAUUCUAGAAGUAAUAGUAAUCAUAAUGUAAAGUCUCUCUCAUCAAAAUCACUAUCAUCUGUAAACAAUAAACACAGCCACAAUGCCAACGCCAACAACAAUAAAACCAGUGCCAAAUCCUCAGAUAAUCAUCAUCUUAUGAAUAAUUGUAACCGCAAACUGUUAUCCGAUCUUAACGAUUGCUCUAACCUACUCCAGUGUAAUCAAGUUUAAAUUAUAUUGCUCCUUUAAUAAUGAUGGUGAUUACAGUGAUGAUGAUGAUGAUAGUUUUUGAAAAAACACACAUAAUGAAACGAAAAAAAAAGAAACAUUGUUUGUCUGAGUGAGUGAGUGAGUGCAUUGUGUCACUAUCUUUAUAUCCUUAAUAUUUGGUCUUUGGUGCAACACUGUUUUGUCCGCCUGUCUUCAUCUUUCUCCCUCUUUUGUGGUUGUGUCUUACUCCUGCACAAUAUUAUUAUUAUUAUUACUAUGGAUUCCUGUUUUCUCUGUGAAUCAUCAAAUCAUGAUGACUACUGCUCUAUAAACUGUUCAGAUCGACUAUGUAUCUAUGAUUCUGUCUACGUGUAUGUAGUUUUUCACAUUUAUACACUCCUUAGAUGUAAGUUUGGUUUUUAGAUAAAAAAAAGUAUUUUGCCCAUUUUGUUUGUUUGUUUGUUCUUUUUUUCACGUUUUAUUUGUUUAUUUAUUUUUUAAAUCAAUUAACUCAAUAUCAUUCUGCUUUCUUAUUGUUUCUUUAUUACAAUUAUUAUUGAUGCUGUGAUUAGCCUUCAUUUAACUUCCGAAAGUUUCAAAUUGCUGGUUAUUAUUAUUAUUGCUACCACUAUAAUUCCCAUCUCCUUUCAUCGCAUGUUUUGUUGUCAUUCUUAUGGUUUCACUCUGUUUAUCGGUUAAAGUGUGUAUAUACUGCUACUACUACCUACUACUACUGCACCAGUAUCCCCUAUCAUCUGUGUAGUUCAAAGAAAAAUGAUGAUGAUGAUAAAAACAGGCGUGUAUUACCAAGCCCAAAGACAAAAAAGUUUUUAUGCAUUCCUCAAUUUAAUUAUUAUGGUGGUGAUAACACUCUAUUUGUGCCUGUUAGUAUGUGUGUGCGUGUGUAUUGGUUUUAUUGUUGUAAUCUUGUUAUUCCAUAAUAGAAUCAUCAGUCUUAUCUUUCGCAUUAACACACUUACACACACACGCACGCACAUACCAGAGGAAAACAACACAGAAAGACUGACAAUAGCACAAAUAAACAAACAAAAAAACUACUGAGCAUUUCCUAUUUUUUUUAAAAAAAUUUAGACUUCCACAUUGUUCCAUGUUUCCUAUGUUUCUUUUUCUUUACAAAUGCAUACUAAGAGAGAGGUGUUGUACGUAAGCUGCUUUCCUAUAUGUAAGAAAAGGAUAAGAUAUUUAUUUAUAUAUAUAUAUUUACUAUUAAAGUACAAUGGUGUAUGUGUGUGUGUGUGUAAGUAUGUAGUGAGGCAUUUAUUUUACCUUACAACUAUUUGUCAUUUCCUUCUUCCACCUAUUCUUCAAUUAUAAAUGUAUCCAGAGUUAAUUUGGCAAUGAAGUGAACUAUACUAUAUAUAUGUGCGUCACACAACAUUUGUGCCUCCCCCCUCCUCCGCCAAUGAUGAUGUAGGUGGAUAAAAAAGUGCUUGUCAUUUUAUUCUAUCUUCACCUUCUCAUUGUUUUUUUCACAGUUUGCCUUUUUUGUGUCCAGUAAAACAUUUAAAAGAAGAACUUGAUAGCCAGCCAGCCAGUGAAUGUAUUCAUCAAGCGACAAAUGAGAAGAAGAAGACGAGGUUUUGCAGUGGUGAGGGAUGGUGGACGAAGGAGAAACUGUGUGUAACAGCAGUGUUGUACUCUGUACUGCAUAGAUCUCCAAUUCUUUAACUCGCUUUGAAUUAUGCCCGUGUGUGUGUGUCAAUGUAUGCAUAGUGUACACAUUCCAUUUGCCAGCGGGUUCAUUUCAUCAUGUCUUCCAUCUUCUCCUUGCUAUUAUUAUUAUUAUUAUUACUAAGAAUAACAUUACAACUAAUUUCUUUAAAUAUGAAUGUGUUUGUGUGUGACAAAUGAUCAUAGUUUCUUUUCUUUUGGUUGUAGUCUAAACUUGUGUCAUGCUGAUUUUGCAAUUAAUUCCUCUCAGAAAUCUUUGCAUUACUCUUAUCUUGAUGCCUAAUUAAAAUAUAUAAAUAAAUAAAAUAUGCAUUGAAUUAUUUUAGAUUCUGGUAUCUUCUUCCUUUUCUCUCUCUCUCUCUCUUUAUGUGGGUGUACAUUUAUAUUACAUAUAAUGCAAAGUUAUCUUCCACUUUUCUCUUCCCUUCUUUUGUCUAAAUAAAUAAUCUCUUUCAUGUUAAUCUUUUCUAACCGAGUUGGUUUUGUUUCUUGCCUUGUCAGUAUGUGUGUGUGUUGCUUUUACACGUGAAUGGACAUUUCACAUACAUUCGAUCAUCUA